AUGACAACUUUAAAUCCUGAAAAUUGGAUAUCACCAAAUUUCAAUCAAAAUGGAAUUAGUAAUCAAAAUAAAUUAUCUUAUAGUUUCAAUGAGAAUAUUAAUACAAGUGCAAUUAAUCUUGGUAGUAGUAAUAAUGUUAAUGUAACAUCUGCUACUACUACUAAUAAUAAUGGCAACAGUAAUAUAAUUCACGUAUCAGAUCCAAAUUUACUGUCAUAUUCAUGUAAAACAUCGAUGAGUUCCAGUGCUAAUCGAAUGGAGACAAAUCAUGCUGUCGUUACUCAAUUAAACAAUAAUAAUAAUAAUGGUGAUAGCAGUGCCAUUGACAGUUCAACUAUGAAUGAACAUCAUCAGAGUAUAAGUAAUACUUCUAACGAUAAUAAUAACAAUGAAAAAUUAUCUAAUCAAUGCAUGCAGAAUAAACAUGUAAAUAAUAAUAAUAAUCAUGACAGCAGAAAAGACAAUAUGAUGAUACAUUGUAAUGAAUGUCAAACAGUUAUAUUUGAUCAAUUUUAUUAUAGUAUUGGUGAUUAUACAUGGCAUCAAAGUUGUUUAAGAUGUUUUGAGUGUGGAUUUCUUCUUACAGAACGAUGUUAUUCUAAAGAUGGUCAUUUAUACUGUCGUGAAGACUUUGUCAAAAAUUUCGGUCCAAAAUGUUCAGCAUGUCAUCGACUAAUUCGUAAUGGAGAAUUGGUUCGAUUUGCACGUCAUUAUGUUUACCACAUUAAUUGUUUCCAAUGUGCAGUUUGUGAAAAACAGUUCACCACGGGCGAUCAAUAUUAUCUCGUACAUAAUGACAAAUUUUUAAUAUGUUGUGAACACUAUUGUAAUAGUGGAACAUCGUCGAUUCCUUCAUCAUCAAUAAUCAAAACUUCAUCAGAAAUGGAUUUAUUAGCUAUACUUACAAAUUCUAAUACAUCUGUCAAGGAUACUAUGAAAAUGGAGUUGAAAUCAAAGUCUUGUAACACAUUUUCUAAUCCUAUGAACUGUGAAUUAUCAGGCACUACUUUGAAUUGUAUACAAAAGAUAACUGACUGUGAGACAAGAAGUGAUAUGAAGAGUCAGUUAAGUCAGCUGAAGGGAUGCAGUCAAUAUGAUAGUUCAGAUUCAGGUAAUCAGUUAAAUUCCACUGUACCUGAGACUCCUAUAUUCCUCUCUUCUCAAAUGAUACCUACAGUAUCAAAAUUUGGUCAUUUGUCUCCUUCCGCUUCAGAAGCAACAAUAGCAAUAUCUUCGACGAAUAUUAUGAUGAGUUCUACAAUGGCUAAUGCUACAAGUUUAACUUCACCUUCGAAACAAGAAUUAACAUCGACUGUAAUGCCAGUUAAAGCAAUGCUUGAAAGUGGAACCUAUAAUUCAAAACAUUUUCUAGACAAUAAAGUGAACAAUUUUCAGCCAGCAUCAGAAAACUCUCUGCCUUAUCUGUCUAACAGAUACUAUUCCACUGGACAGAAUUCAAAAAUACAACCUCCUUUUGAAAUAAAUUUUCAACAACAGUCAAACAGCUCAGAAACUAUGUCCACCGCAUUCAGUUUGUUCUCACAGUCUCAAGGAAAGGCGGAAGGUAUAUCUUCAUCAGAUAUCGGAGAUUUAGGCAUAAACAGUGUCGCAGAGUCACCAUCGUCUACAUUGGCUACAUUGUCAUACCUAUCAAAUCCUAUGUCUGAUCGUUUUUGUUCACUUAUUCCACCUGCCUUAAAUAGCAGCAGUCUUUCUCAUUCAACUCAUUCAGUGAAUGCAAAUAUUCCUUUAUUAUUGCCGUCUAAUCAACAAUUUAUUGGAAAAUCACAACAAUUAAUCUCUAGUGCUGCUGAUCAUCGAAAUGAAGCCGUUGAGAUUAAUGACAGUCGAGCAGGUUGUCUGCAAAAAUUAGAUGAAACUCAAGAGAAUCUCAGAUGCCUUUCAUCCAAAGGAAUAGAGUACAACAAUACUACUAGUAGUAGUAGUAUUAGUAGUAGUAGUGGUAACCUCGGUAGCUAUCAUAAUCAAGUUAACCUACUUUGGAUGGUCAAACGUGAUAGUCAUUGUGACAGUAUGCCUAUAAAUGAAAAUCCUUUUUCUGAUGUAUAUAAUAAUCGUGAUAAUUAUCCAGUACGUUCAUCUUUAGUCAAUGAAAAUGUAUCAGACAAGGAAAAUCAAUUGCUUAAAUCAAAAGAAAGGGAUUAUUUUACAAGAAAUGAAAAAAUACAAUUAACGGUUGAUGAAGAUCAUCAAAAUAAAGGCGAUUGCCUACCUAUACUAAAUAAAAACAAGAUAAAUAUCAAUGAAGUACAUGAGAGUCAUCUGCUCGCUGAUAAUAAUGCAGGCGGUGAUGAUGAAGAUGACUGUGAUGAUGACGAUGAAGGAGAAGAGGAAGAAGAAGAACAAGAAGGAGGCGAAAGAGGAGGAGGAGGAGGGGGACAAGAUUCAAUUCAGUUAAACGAGUUUAAGAAUACCACAUUAAUUAGUGAUCAAGAGAAUGAAUUCAAUGAGAAUAAUUCUCCAUCUUCACAAGAUAGAUACAUUCAUUUAUUACAUCGACCUCGUUCAUAUGAUUCACCAUUACAUACUGGAUGUUGUGGUAUUAUUGGAAGUGAAGUAUCCUCUCAAGUAGGAAGUAUAGAUGAUAGUGAAAGUAUCACUGAUCAUGGAGGAAUAAAUCAUCUUUCUGGAAGUAUCGACAGCGGAUUAAAUUGCAGUGCGGGUGGCGGUAAUAAUAAUAGUGGACUAGGAAUUACUAGUAGUGGAAAUAAUGGAGGUGCAAAACGUCGAGGUCCACGUACAACUAUCAAGGCGAAACAAUUAGAUACACUGAAAACAGCAUUUGCAGCUACUCCUAAACCAACAAGACAUGUUCGAGAAUCUCUAGCACAAGAAACUGGACUUUCAAUGCGUGUAAUUCAGGUUUGGUUUCAAAAUCGUCGUAGCAAAGAACGACGUAUGAAACAACUGAAUGCGCUUGGAACACGCAGAUCAUUCUACAGGAAUCCUAGACGACUGCGUGGAAUAAGAUCAGGUAUACUACCCAAUGAUUUCAGCUCAGGAGGGCCAGUUGACUUGAUGAACAAUCCAGCUUAUCAUGAGUAUUUAGUUGGAUCUAGUCCAGAUAUUUACAAUACCAUUGUCUCAGCCGCUGCAGUUGCAUCAGGCGUUCCAUUUAAUUUACCAGGUCCAAUCCCUAGUCUGCCAGGAAGUUAUCCUUUACCUCAACAACUUCAACCUUCUUCAAAUGAUUCACUUGCCCCAGGUUCAACAGCCCAUUUAUUGAACAGUGAUGUAGGACCUUUCCACAGUGAAAGCUUACUUCAUCAUUUUCCACACAAUCAUACACAAACUACUCCUAAUUAUAUGUCUAAUUCAGUCGGCUGCCCUCCGUGCCAUCCACCGAAUUUAUCCAAUUCUGGAGUAAUUCGCGAUGAACCAAAAUCAGAUUCCCUUUAUCCUCCAACUUAUUUCCCUUCAUCAUCUUCUACUUCCUCCUCAUCAUCAUCGAUGUCCUCACAGCAAGUAACAAAACUGCCACUAUAUAAUAAUUGUUCUCCUACUGGGUCAAUAUUUUCAUCCUCCGAUCCAAGGGAUUUUCAUUUAUCUCAUUUCCUUGAAAGCGGUAAUAUGAAAGUGCACAGCAAUUUAUUUAGUCAUCCUAACACUUUACCAAUGGUAAGUAAACCAGCUUAUAGUAGUCCAUCAGGAAUAAAUUUCAGGAAUUUACCACCGUCGAUAUUUGAUGAAUUGACAUGCAGACCUAAUUUAGUCUAAAGUAUUGACUGACCAAACCACUUGGCACAGUAACAACAAUAUGUUAAUUUAGUAAAACACUUUUCAUUGAAUAUUUUUCAGAAAUACCGUUAAAGACGGUCAUAUACUUCACUGGUUUCUUUAUUCAGUCUCCUACUGAUUUGUACAUAUAUUUCCCUGGAGAAGAUUAUUCGGAAAUGAAUUAAUUAGGAUAUCCACAAGAAGUUAAUGUUUUCAAACAGAAAAAAACAAACAAACAGGCCAAUAGAUUAUGUAAAUACACUUAUUCAGCUAUUCACAAACAAUUAGAAACUAUUUCACAUUUAUUGUUUACCACCUUCCUCUAAUGAAUUCACUGAAUACACUUGAAAAAGUAAUAGUAUGUGCAUGUAUGCAUGAAUGGAUGUAUGCAUGUGUUUCUGAGCAUAUAUCAAAUUUUGAGUAGUUUUCUUUCUCUUUAUUUCUUCUAAAUUGUAAAGUAUGGUUUUUUAUGUGUUGUGAUUUCGGC